AUGAAGUUGCACUACAUCGGAAUCCUUCGCAAUGACAGCAAGCCCGCCGUCGAGCUCUGCAGCGAGAUGGAGCUGUCCGCAUACUCCCGGUUCACUAGAAACAGCUACGCCGAGUUCAUGAGCCUAUUCUCUAAGAAGGUGGCCGAGUCGACGCGCCCUGGCCAGAGGCAAGAUAUCGAGGAGGGCGACAACACAUUCCACUGCGUGGGAAGAAGCGAGGGUAUCUGUGGCGUUAUCAUUUCCGACCACCAAUACCCGAGUCUCGUCGCUCACCAGCUUCUCUCCAAGAUCGUCGAUGAGUUCCUCACCAAGCACCCGCGCUCCACAUGGGCGACGGGCGAACCCAAGCUCGUCCUCCCCGAGCUCAAGGAGUACCUGACGCGGUACCAAGACCCGCAGCAGGCCGACUCGAUCCUCAAGAUCCAAAAGGAGCUCGACGAGACCAAGAUCGUGCUGCACAAGACCAUCCAGAGCGUCCUGGAGCGCGGAGAAAAGAUCGACGACCUGGUGGCCAAGAGUGACGGCCUGAGCUCCCAGAGUAAGAUGUUUUAUCAGCAGGCCAAGAAGCAAAACUCGUGCUGCAUCGUCAUGUAA